AGUGAGUUGUCAGUCUGCCAAAGAAUUCGGCACCAGCAAGAUCGCGACGAGUGCGAAACGUGCGCAAGGACGAUCGGAACCAGUAGUGCACCAGGUGCCAUAAACGAGGGAGAGAUAAAACACAGAAAACACAAUCUAAACGACCAGCUUACUAGCGAAAAGUAGUAACGCUAAAAAGGGAAACGGUGACAAGACACAUAGCGGUGUCCAGCGCAAUAUCUGCUGCCUCGUGGGGACAUUGAAAAACCUCGUAGGAAAAGUUGUUCGAAGAAAGCCGUCCGACCGCCUAUGCGUGCGUGGUAUGAGUGUUUGCUGACAGUGUGUACGACGUGACGACAGUGUGAGACGGAGAGAGUGGGAGAAAGAGAGCGAGAGAAAGAAUUCCAGAAUUUUAGGCCAAGCAACCGGAUCAUGUUUCUACGGGCCCUGUGCGCCACGGUGUUGCUGAUGGUGAUGGUAGUGCUGCUGCAGUGUGAUGGCCGAGCGCUAAAACGAGGCAGUUCCGAGCCGGACGACGGCUACAGCUUCCUCCGGAAAUCGUACAGUGACGAGGGAAACUGCGAACAGCUGCCACCACCGGUGCUGACGGAGAUCCUGGGCCCGGCGUUCAACCCGCGGUACAUGAGCAUCGAGGAACCUCCGGUGGCCGACGGCAAGCAGCCCACCGUCGGGGAGCUGGCGAAUCCGGCCGGCAAGCGGGACGCGGAACCGUUCCCACCGUUCUACGUCGACGACAAGUACUCGCUGGAACUAAGCCACAAACCGGCCUGGGAGGUGAAGCACGUAUCGGAGUCGAUUCCACACGGUGCUGCCCCGGGAGCUGCCCGCAGUCGGCGCGACCUCUUCAACGACAUCCUCGAUACGCUGGAACCGCUGGACGAGGCGGACGGGGCGCUGGCACCGGACGCACGGCAGACACGCUCGUUCGGAAGCAAGGGCCGAUCGCGCAAGGGCGGCAGUUCGCCGAUCGGUGGUGGCAGUCCGAGACCGUGGGAAUGCGAGGCCAAGAUACGGUGGAUCGAUCUCGGAUCGGAGUACUUCCCGCGGUUUCUGCGCACGGUAGAGUGCACGCGGCAGAACUGCUGGUACGGCCACUACUCCUGCCAGCCGCGAUCGUUCACCGUGAAGAUCCUGCGGAGGCGCACCGGCGAGUGCGUCCAGAGCGAUCGGUUACGGCGCAUCGGCGUGGACGGGCUGCCGGGCGAGCUGCGGGAGCUGUGGGUAUGGGAGGAACGGGCCGUCAACUUCUGCUGCGACUGUGCACCGGCGUUCUGAGCAACCCGGCGCGCAAAGUUCUCCGUCCCAUCGGGGAGCGUCCCAUGUUCGCCUCCAGUCCUUGCUGUUUUAGUUUUGUCAUUAUUUAAUACUCGUUUAUUAUACAUUAAUCGUUGACGCACUGGUAAAUCUUAAUGUUGACAUUUGGAUAAGUGGCAAAAGAUUAGAUUCGUAGGUUCGCGUAGGUCCUGUGUACAUAUUAGGUAGGUCCGUCCAUAGCCGUUAAGGAACCCGAAUGCCGUCCGUGCCUCCCGGGGGCACCGACUGCAUUCGGGAGGGAAGAAAAAACAGAGCGAAAGAAAACACCGAGCAUUCGAACGAGUCAGAACGAUCUGUACAUACACCGUAAACGUAAUGAUUAUUGUCUCUUUACUUUACUUUAUGAUGUCCUGUUGUUGUGUGGAGGAAGCGAGGGGGUAGCACAUUUGUGUUUUGGGUAGCGCGGGAAUGGGAAAUAAACACCAAAUAUGGUUCAGUGUCGAGAAUAAC